AUGCCAUCAUUCCCACCAAAGCUCGAUCCAUCAUGUCGCAAGGCCUACGUCAAGUGCAAACCACUUCAUAGUAUGAUUGACCUGUUGACAUGGACACCAGAUGUAAAUGUACCAGUCUCAUGCAUUCCAUUGGCCAACAUACCUCAACGUAGACAACAGAUCAUACAUUGUCAUGAUAUGAUGGGUGGAUACCUCGAUCAUGAGGUCGACUCAUUCAACCUCACAUCCAUGUCAUCGACGAACAAUCACUACCUCUUCCAACAUUGGCAAUUGAUUGAUAUAUUCAUCUACUUCACUCAUCAAUGCAUAACCAUCCCGCCUGUAUCAUGGAUUGAAUGUGCACACAAGAAUGGUGUCAAGGUCAUGGGCACGGUGAUCACUGAAUGGGAGCAAGGCAUCAAGGAUGCAUGUCGUCUGGUCCGUGGACCAUACUUCGAUCCAGACAAUAGUGAUGGCGAUGAUCGUGAUCACUCGAUAUUCAUUCGAAAGCUCGUGGACAUUGCAAAGCACUACAGGUUUGAUGGAUGGUUCAUCAACAUCGAGUCACCACUACCAUCAUCAGAGUAUGGAGUGCGAUAUCAGCUGUUCUUGGGUGAGCUCACACGUAUGAUGCACGAGGAAAUACCUGGAUCAUUGAUGAUAUGGUAUGAUAGUGUCACUACGGAAGGUGCACUCAAAUGGCAGAAUGAGUUGAAUGUUCACAACAAAGCAUUCUUUGAUCAAUGUGAUGGUAUAUUCCUCAACUACAAAUGGGACGAAUCAAUGAUCAAACAAUCAGCCAUACUAGCCGGUUCAACAUCACAUCAAAUAUACGUUGGUACUGAUGUAUGGGGACGAGGCACCUUUGGUGGAGGCCACUUCAACAGUCAUAUUGGAGUGGAGAAGGCGAUUGAGAAUGGAAUGUCUGCUGCAUUGUUUGCUCCUGGAUGGACGUUUGAGUCUAACAAAUCAUCAAAGACCAUAUCAAACUUGAGAGAGGCAACAUUGUGGACUGGAGUGCGUGGUAGACAGAACUUGAUCAAGAAUGGAUCAGCUAAUAAUAAUAUGGAUGGUUGGAUUGUGGAGAUGGGAGAUGCGCCAUGUGAUGGAUGGGGCGUUGAUGAUGGUGGAAUCAAUGGUGGAAAGGCCUUUGUUUCAUCCCAUGAAUGGUCAAGUAUGAGUCAGGAGGUUGACCUUGAAGUAGUGGCAUCAACAGAUAUAUUAUCUUCAUCACCAGUGAUUGAAUUGGAGUUCUAUCAUUGUGGCACAGGUCCAAAGUACAAUGAUCUACUCAGAGUCAAGUUGGAAGUUAGAGACAUAUCACACAAAGUUCUGAUCACCUUUGAAUCUGGUGACAUCACGACUCAAAAGGACUACAAGAGAUUCAGACAUACGAUCUCCGAGUAUCCAUCAGGUGCCAGGUACAUCAACCUCAUAUUCACUGGCAAGGAUGUGGAGAGAUGGGCUGGAAGAUUUGGAAGUCGAAUCACUGAAUACAAGUGGAUGUUUGGAGUAUGGUCAACGUCAUGGAUCACCAUUAAUUGA